UAAGACGGACGUGUGCAAGUUGAUGCAUUUGGAAGUAUUAAGAAUGCUAUAAUGCAAGACCAGAAGAAAUUGCUGUUGUUAAUGGUUAAGAUAAAAAGGUCAAAAAGUAAUGUGGAGUGUUGAUGAACCAUUUAGAGCACGAAAGGCAGCUCGUAGAGGUUUGAGUAGGAGGAAACAACAGAAGAUGGGGCAGAAAUAUUAGGAGUUUUAGAUCGUGCUAUACCUCUUAGUCGUGUUCCGUUGAGAGAAAUGACUUCUUUAGGGGAGAAAUCUACCGACUCGUCACAUCAAAGUCAAAGUCUUUCAAAGGAGAGACAAGAUGAUUGGAUAACAGGCGAUGACGAUGAAGAAGCAUUAAUCUGGGCCGCUCAGCAAGAAGAAGAUAGAUUAGCUCGAGAGAAGAGAAAAGAGAUGGAAAAGAUGAAGAACUUAGUGGAGGAGUUGCCGCAGCUUUAGCAAAGUUACGUGAGAAACACUGAGAUAUUUGAGGA